CGAUUAUGUCACGUGAGUCCAUCCGACAAACCGCGAAAUACACACAUGUAGGGUUUUAGUAUACACGUAAAGUAAGUCGAAUCUCAUAGUGACUGCUUUAGCCAUGGGUGUGUAUCUGUCUACGCCAAACACAGAGAAAAUCUCUACUGAUCAAGAAUGCAGUAAUUUCACAUAUGGAGCGUCAUCAAUGCAGGGAUGGCGAAUGUCUCAAGAGGAUGCCCACAACUGUAUUCCAAGUUUUGACGGGAGUAAUACAGCCUUCUUUGCUGUGUAUGAUGGCCAUGGAGGUGCUGAAGUUGCUCAGUAUUGUGCAGAACAUUUCCCUGAUUACUUAAAGACCCUUGACAAGUUCAAAAACAAGGAAAUAGGUGCUGCCCUGGAGGAAGCCUUCCUGGGCUUUGACAGCCAUCUUCUUACAGAGGAGGUCCAGAAAGCCCUCAAAGUGUCGGCAGGUUUAGAUGAUAUUGUUGAGGAUGAAGAAGAGAAAGUUCGACAGAAAAAUGAGGCAGAAAUGUUGCGACAGGAAGCAGAAAUGCCAAUAGAAGAGCUAAUGGCACAAUAUGAAGGUGCUGGCAUGCCGGAAGAAAUAAAAAACCUUCGCAAGAAAAAACAAAUUAAUUCACCGAUGAUCCGUGCCAAGAAGCAAUAUUUUGGCCAGGGUGAUGAAAAGGAUGAGGAUUUGAAGGACAAUGUGCCACUUGAAGGGUCGGUCAUCCCAUUGCGGGCCACCGCCAACAUCCAGGAAAAGUUGGCCAAUGGCCAUGCUGAAAAUGAAAACAAUUUAAACAGAGAGAAAGAACAGAGUGACUUUCUACAGAAGGCCCAAGGAGGCUCUGCAGCCUCCUCUGCCAGUGAUAUCAGGAAGAUGGAGUGCGAUAGUGUGAUUAAGACAGACGAGGAAUCCAUACCAACCUCGACGCAGCGAGUGGAGUCAUCUGAGGCUUGCUCUUCAUCUGUAUUAUUAUCAUCAUCAUCAUCAUCAUCGCGUAGUGGGGGACAAUCAGUACAAAAUGCCAGUGUUUCUAGCACGAACAAUAAACAGGAAGCAGUGGUGAGUAAGUGUGAAGUAGAAGAGUCGUCUGAGGCAGACAGCACAUCCCAGGAGAUGGAAACAGCACAAAGAGGGUCAUCUAGUCAAAAGUUGGAGAUCGAUGAGAGUCCGUCAUCAACCCGUGCGACGGACAGCAAUGUAGGGGGAUCUGCAGGUAGUGCACACACUGACCACAUCAGCAAUGGAGAUUCUGGAGGGUCCGGUCAGAGUAAAGAAACAUCGCCAUUAGGGGGGAAGAAGCAAUGUAAGAGUAGGCAUGUAGAGGAUAUAGAUAGUGGAGAGGAGGAUUUAGAUGACGAGGACAGUGAAGAUGAAGAUGUGGAGUUCAACAGUGACGAGGAGGAGGAGGAUGAGAGUGACGACAGCGAGGAGAGUGAGGAGGAAGAAGAAGAGGACGAUGAUUUAUGUUAUCCAACUACCAAUGAUCAGAACAAUGAUGAGCCUGGGUACUGUAGUGGGUGUACGUCAGUGGUGGCUGUGAUCCGGGACAAAGAGGUGGUUGUGGCCAACGCCGGAGACUCGCGCUGUAUACUGUGUAGGGAUGGCAAAGCCCUGGACCUGUCAUUUGAUCACAAGCCAGAAGAUGAUAUAGAACGCAAUAGAAUAGUGGCAGCAGGGGGCAAAGUCACCAGUGAUGGACGGGUCAACGGGGGACUUAACCUAUCUAGAGCCAUCGGUGACCAUUUUUACAAGAGAAACAAGGACAAGGAUGCAAGGGAGCAAAUGAUCACGGCCCUACCAGAUCUUCAGUCUGCCACGCUGCAGGAGACCGACCAAUUCAUGGUGCUCGCCUGCGAUGGCAUCUGGAACUACAUGACCAGCCAGGAAGUUGUUGAUUUCGUUUCUGAAAGAUUAAAGGAUCCUGAGAAGAAGAAGAAACCCUCUGUGAUCUGUGAAGAGAUAUUUGACUAUUGCCUGGCUCCAAACACGCUGGGCGACGGGACUGGCUGUGACAAUAUGACAUGUAUGAUCAUAACCUUCGACCAGAUGUGGAACAACAACCAAAACAAACGUGCUGCCGAACAGCCGGACGGACAGCUGGACGGACAGCCAGAAAAGCGAGCGAAAGUCGAGCAAACAUGAAUCAUUGUGGUGGACACCUAGGUUUUUGGAUAAUUUAGUUUUGUAAAUUGACUGGUCAUCUUGUCUAGCAUAACAUGUAUACAAUCAUGAAUUAGUUUCAAGUUUUUAAUGGAAAAAAAUCAUUUUGUUUGUGGGCUCAAAUAACUGUUGCCUGUGAAAUUGCACAAUUUUAUCCAUGUUUUGAUGGAUUUGAAGUUCAAUGAAGAUAAUUUGAAACUAAGUCUAGAUAUUAGAGAUGUUUUGGUAUAAGUGCUCCUCACGUCUUCACUGUAAUAUAAAUUCAACCAUGUCAAUUUUUCAGAAUUAUUUAUAUCUUCAACUGGUUUACCAGCGUUGGUUGUUCAAGACAGUGUGGCAUACAGGAUCCGUACAUCGAGCCUGGAGAAGGAGAAUGUAUCCACAAUUAUCACAAGUAAAGUUGUGGAAAUACAUUUACAAGCAGUAGACCAGGCUGGAUACAAUAUUUUUACAACAUUGUCCGACAGUUUUAUAGUACUGUAAUAUUUUUGAACAUGGAAACUGAAGCAUACAUACCAUUAGGCAUAUCUGUCAUUUUUUACAAGUGAACUUUUUUUUCAGUUAUGAAUAUGUACAUAAUUGUCUUUAAUAGACAAGAAGGGAUUUAUAGAUUUUACCUAAGGAAAGCUUUGUACAAAUUGUAUGUAUCUAGAUAGAAACCUAAUGCAGCUACACUUGGAAUAAUUGUGUCACUAGAUCACUUAUUUCUCCACUUCAAUUUGGUGCCUGGGACUUGGAUCACUGACCAAAAUAACUAAAGUGUAUCAUCUGAUUUGCUGGCAAGAUGGACUUGGACGUAUCUUCUGAAGUGAUAGUCAUAAUUAAUUGGAUUUUGCAUCCAAAUUGCAUACCAAAGAGAUGAUUUGGAUCCACCAUUUCGGUCGCUAGAGAAAAAAGGAAUGGGAAUAGGAGAGUGACUGAGAUAUUUAAUUCUGCAAUAGUAGCCAAUCUGUCAUCAGAAGGUAUGUAACGAUUGUGAUAAUCUGGUACACGUUCCUAAUCUGGAAACCCAUGGUCAGGAUGUCGCUGUGCUAAUAUAGGGGUCUGAUGGGCUGUGUUAGGCGAGUGAUCUGUUUGUGUUAGGCGAGUGAUCUGUUUGACUGUGAUCUGGUAAACUAGAUCUAAAUUAAAGGUCCUAAAUUAAAUGUAAAUUCUGGACUUGCCCAAACCAAUUAAAAAAAGGACUCCAAAUUAAUGUUGUUUUCAUUUGUGUGAUGGGAAACUUAAAGAAUCUUGCAUUGUUCUGACAUAUACUUUUAAUUGUUGCUGAGAUUUUCCUACUAGUGUUGUAUUAAUGAUUUGAUUUAAAAUGAUUUGUUACGAAUUAAUUUUGUUUGAUUUUUAAUGACUUUCUCAAAGUCUACAGAGAAUGCUUUCAAAACUUUUUUUCAAUGUACAAUUCAUAUCUUGAGCGUGUUACUUUCAUGGUAGUUUUUUCCCAAAUUAGAUUGAUUUCAAAUUCCACACAACAUUAAAUAAAAAUAGCACGUGUUAGACACACAAAAAGAUAUCGUAUUUUCCUGCUAUCUGAUCUGUGCAUGUGACUAUUUUCAUUAAAGUUAGUGAAGCCAUCCAGAUUGACAAAUGGAUCCAUAGAGAUGUUUUUGUAACUUCAAAUGUCAUAUAUAAGGCAUUAAGAAAACAAACGUAUGCUUUUCUUUCGUACAUAUAAGGAUCUUGCAAUCAGAUUGGUGCUCAGUUUUAAUGUUUGAAUUGUCUUUUGAAAUGAUUCUUAAGUGUAUUUGACCAGAUAAAAUUGAUGGGUUUAGUAAAAGUGUAGCUACUUCAGAGAUCGUAGUCAAUUUCUGCCUUUAAAUACAAAUCUGAUUAUUACUGUGUAAAAUUGAAAUUGAUAUGAUCAGUCACAGGCACCAUGGUAUAAAUGGGUCUAUUCCAUUCGAUAGAUGUUAUUUUGUAUGUUUCUUUUUGUUGAAACUAUUUAUUUUUUACAAUUUUAAACAUUCUCAAUAAAAGAAUAUGCUAAAUAACAAUUAAAACGAAUGGUGCUGCUAUUUAUCAAAUUGUUAGGUUAUUUCUCUUUGAGUUUGCUAAAGGAAUUUGCAAUGAGUUCUGCCACUUUAAAGCCAUUGUUACACUAUUUCAUCAGAGAGCUUCAGGGUAUAUUGUUUUGCAGUGGUUUUAUUUCUGUUGUUUGCUUGGUAUUGAAACAAAUUGAUGGAUCAAUCCACCAGCUUCGAAAUACUGAAAGUGGUUCCAGUGCUCUUAAACAACCAAAACUACGUCGCAUACCGUAACACUUCUUAGAUCUGUUAACUACGCUAUACACGUUUGUCACACCGUUCAGAUGUAGAUCUAAUAAUAAAGAUUAGUUUGGAGUCU